CAGGAUACUUGUCUGUGGUCAGUACUCAGUACUCUGUAUUCUGUUGUCCACUAGUCCAUCUGUUUGCGUUUGAUUAGUUGCUUUUUAGUUACCAUUGGUGUUUUAGCUCUGACCAAAUACGACUACUACAUACACAUAUAAUAUUACACAUUUACAUAACAUUAUAUUAAUACGUAUUUUAUUUAUAAACCGUUGAAUAGUUUAUGAAAAAGAUUCUUCAACCCACAUAGUCGAUAUUGUGUACAUGAAUGUAUUGUAGGAGUAGAGUAUUGCGUUUAACCAGUGAAAUUUUACCGUUAAGAUACAAGGUUGAUUAUAUUAGAAUAAGGACCAUGAGUCAAGGAGAAUCGGCCGACUUCAAAGCAGACUUGAAAAAACGUUUAUCACCCAUUCAAUACCAUGUCACUCAAGAAAAAGGAACAGAGAGAGCCUUUACCGGUAAGUUUAACAAGACAACAGAGGCUGGUUUGUAUACUUGCGUAGUAUGCAACGAAACAUUAUUCACUUCGGAAACAAAAUUUGAUUCUGGCUGCGGUUGGCCGGCUUUCAAUGAUGUGAUCGAUCAGAAAAAAGUUAAACUAACUACUGACACUUCAAAUGUUGGAGCAAAUUUGCUGUUAUUGAUAACCAACCCAGGUAUGAUAAGAACUGAAGUGCAGUGUGGAAAAUGUGAUGCACAUCUAGGACAUGUUUUUAAAGACGGCCCACCACCAACAGGACGAAGAUUUUGUAUUAAUAGUGCAUCAAUGAACUUUCAUCCAAUAAAUGAAGAAAAAUAAUAAACUUUGCACAUG